AUGUCGUCGGAACAGGCGCCUCCAACUCCAAGUUCGGAUGGUGCUGGUCGGCGACUGAUGUGCGAGUUUUGCGGCUAUCGGACGGGCAUCCAUUGGAAUCUGCAGGUCCAUCGGCGGCGACACACGGGCGAGAAGCCCUUCAGCUGCGCCACGUGCCAGGCGAGCUUCCCCGCCAGUUACCAGCUGAAAGCCCACCUGGAGCGGCACCUGGAUGCCGGACAACGUAGCCUGCGACACAUUUGCGCCGACUGCAAUGUGGGAUUCUCCAGUUCCCGGGCCCUGUACCAUCAUAGGCCGCUCCACGAGAAUGGGAAGCGCUUCAAGUGCUCGCAGUGCGACAAGUCAUUUGCCCAGGCGGCGGGUUACGCCCAGCACAAGCGGAUGCACCGGCAAAGGAAUCAACGGGCCACGGAUCUAAGGGACCCGCAGGCCAUUGAAGAUCCGGCAAAAAGUCAGAAGUGACUUUCCUGGGCGGCGGAAGUAUAUCUCGUUUCAAUAAAUUCGAAAAAGUAACCGUGUUAGUUUAUUUUUAAAAUUUGCAAUGGCUUUUAGAGCGGCU